GCUAAAAGCCUACUGCUCAUCUUGCACAGUUUGACAAUCGAUGCCGUUUCAAGCAUGCUACUCGGCCGCAAGCCUACAGAACUACCCCGCGCGGAAUUGGAACAAAUGGGACGUUAUUAUCCUUAUUGUGCGUUCAUCGCGUUUGAGGAACAGAACGAUAAAUCAUGGCAGGUGAUCAGCGACGCCAUGCCAUCGAUAACGUGCGACGGUUUCUCGAACCACGUCGACCAAGUUUUCUUCCAUCGCAAGUAA